CGGGUGGGCUUCCGGUGUGCGGAGGCGGGGCUGCAGAAGAGGACGGGCAGAGCGAGGCCUGGAACCCGGGGGCUACUGGUCUUGCAGAAUAAGAUAUGGCGUGCGGCUUCCGCAGGUGCAUUGCCAGUCAGCUUUCCAGAGUGCUGGAUCUUCCACCUGAAAACUUGAUCAAGUCAAUAUCUGCAAUUCCAGUUUCCAAAAAAGAGGAGAUAGCUGAUUUUCAACUUUCUGUGGAUUCCUUAUUGGAAAACAGAAAUGAACAUUCAAGAUCAGAUAAUCAAGUCCAAGCCAAGAGACUGGCAGAAAAGCUUAAAUGCGAUACAGUGGUGAGUGAAAUCAUCACUGGCCCAGGGACUAUAAAUUUCAAAAUAAACAGAGAAGUAUUAACAAAGGCAGUGCUACAACAAGUAGUUGAAGAUGGCUCAAAAUACGGAUUAAAAAGCGAACUUUUCUCUGGUCUUCCCCAGAGGAAGAUCAUCGUUGAAUUCAGUUCACCUAAUGUUGCCAAAAAAUUUCAUGUUGGACAUUUGCGUUCUACUAUCAUAGGAAAUUUUAUAGCAAAUCUCAAAGAAGCUUUAGGACAUCAAGUAACAAGAAUAAAUUACCUUGGGGAUUGGGGCAUGCAGUUUGGUCUUCUGGGGACUGGCUUCCAACUGUUUGGCUAUGAAGAAAAACUUCAGUCCAAUCCUUUACAGCAUCUCUUUGAAGUUUAUGUACAAGUUAAUAAAGAAGCAGCAGAUGAUAAAAAUAUAGCAAAAUUGGCACGUGAGUUCUUCCAGCGACUGGAACUAGGUGACAUGCAAGCACUUUCACUGUGGCAAAGAUUUCGAGACUUGAGCAUUAAAGAGUACAGUCAAAUUUACAAGCGUCUAGGAAUAUACUUUGAUGAAUAUUCAGGAGAAUCAUUUUAUCAUAAAAAAUCUCAAGAAGUCUUAAAGUUGCUGGACAGUAAAGGACUACUACAAAAAACAAUAAAAGGAACUGCUGUAGUGGAUCUCUCUGGCAAUGGUGACCCCUCUUCAAUUUGUACCGUAAUGCGAAGUGAUGGGACUUCUCUUUAUGCAACAAGAGACCUUGCAGCUGCUAUAGAUCGAAUGGACAGGUAUAAUUUUGAUACAAUGAUUUAUGUGGCAGAUAAAGGGCAACAAAAGCAUUUUCAGCAACUGUUCCAAAUGCUGAAGAUCAUGGGAUAUGACUGGGCAGAAAGGUGCCAGCAUGUGCCCUUUGGAGUCGUGCAGGGAAUGAAGACCCGCAGAGGAGAUGUCACUUUUCUGGAAGAUGUCUUAAAUGAGAUUCGACUAAAGAUGCUACAGAACAUGGCUUCCAUAAAGACAACCAAAGAACUUGAGAACCCACAGGAAACUGCAGAGAGGGUCGGGCUUGCGGCACUUAUUAUUCAGGACUUCAGAGGUUUGCUCUUAUCUGACUAUCAGUUCAGCUGGGAUCGUGUUUUCCAGAGUCGCGGGGACACAGGAGUCUUCCUACAGUACACACAUGCCCGCCUCCACAGUUUGGAAGAGACUUUUGGAUGCGGUUAUCUGAAUGACUUCAACACUGCUUGUUUACAAGAGCCACAGUCUGUUUCAGUUCUCCAGCAUCUUCUCAGGUUUGAUGAGGUGCUUUAUAGAUCAUCUCAGGACCUUCAACCCAGGCACAUUGUUAGUUACAUGCUAACUCUAAGUCAUCUUGCAGCUGUGGCACAUAAAACACUCCAAAUAAAAGAUAGUCCUCCUGAAGUGGCUGGGGCCAGACUUCAUCUUUUCAAAGCUGUCCGUUAUGUCCUAGCCAAUGGAAUGAAACUUCUUGGAAUAACACCUGUAUGUAGAAUGUGAUUUCUUAUUGAAAGAGAUUAAAAUGCUAAGUAAAUUCAAUUACUUGUUUAUAGGUGCUUUGCUGUUCAGAUUAUAAUACAAACUAUUAUUUUGUGCUAGUAUAUUUUACUGAGUUUAAGUGACUUAUUAAUCCUUUUUGGUUUUUGUUUUAUUGAAACAGUCUGUGUUACCUUUGUUACUCAGGCUGGCCUCAAACUCCUGGGCACAAGAAAUCCUUUUUCCUCAGCCUCCUGAGUAGCUAAAAGUACAGGUGCACACCAUCACACCCAGCUUGCUUAAUCUUUCUGCUUACAAGUCAUGUGAGUUUUAUGGCCAAAAGGUACUUAAUUACAUAUUUGUAAACUUAAGUCUUUUUAAAUUCAAAAAAUUAUGGUAUAAUGCAGGUAAAGGAUGACAAUAUAAACUCUGGUUUGAGGUUUCUUACUGUGUCAUUCUCCAAGAAACUAUCCUUAUAACAGAGAUGAUCUGAUGUUUUCAUCAAAUAGUUGAGACGGGACAGAUCCUAAUUUUUUAAAAGUCAUGGCUAGUUUUGAACAAAUAGACACUAAAGGUAAACAUGUUUUUUGACAAUAUGGUUAAUAACUACUCCCAGAGAGCAUACUUCAUGCUUACCUUUUAGUUGAUAUAUGCUGGUAACUUACUAUGUGAACUCAGGGACUGGAUACAUUUUAAUUACAAGAAAUUACUUGUAGAGACAUUGUUAGGAUCUUUUUAUAAAAUGUAGUAGCUAAACCAUAAUUUGGAGUUUAAACAUUUCUUCCAUGUGUUUGUGUGGGUAAAGUAUAUUUUGUGUGACUUGAUUUGAUAACAUAAAAUCAAUUAGGUAAGAUGAGUAGGAUAUGCUACGUUGUAUCACUACAGCCAUCCUCCUCUGCCAGCAGUUCUAUUCAGGUCUGUAAUUUCUUAUAAAUGUUGCUAAUAGAAGUCUUCUAGGGGUUAGGAGUGUGGUUCAGUAGUACAGAACUUGCCUGUCAUAUGUAAGGCCUUGGAUUUGAUAUCUACCACUAUAAAAAAAAAGAAAGAAAAAGCCUUUUAAAUACCAGUGAACAUCUGUUUUUAAGAAGACAGAGCCGACUUAGCAUGAACCAAAGCUUCUUCAGUUGGAAUAAACAUUGUUUUAUAUUGGCAAA